ACCUUGAUAAAGUUCUUGCCUGAAGAUUUAAUCCACUUAAUUGGUUUCAGUGUCAGUUCUAUAGACAGAAGAUCGAAACGUGUAUUCACAGGGAUUUUAAAAUAAUUAAGAAAUAGGAAAACUUCGGUUAGAAAAGCGUUGGGAUCGGGUUGUUUACAAAACAAAUAUGGAAGACGCAGAAUCCAAAACGGACAAGAAAAAUUGUACGUUUUUAUUCAAUAGAAGAAAGAUUCGAAGCACUUCGGCCCGGAAACGUAGAGGAGCGGACGAUGAAGACGAGAGCAGCGAAGAUGAAACAACGGUGGUUAAAAAAGAGAGGAAACAUAAUGACAACAAUCCUAUGAAACAAAGUACCAACACAAAACGAUUGAAAGAUAUCCAGAAAUCAGCUGACAAUGAUAAGAGUGAGGAAGAAGGUAUUACAGUUUCUUAUAAAAGUACAAGAACCCCUAUGCCAGCUGGACCAAGCGAUCAAGGAGCGACAGCAAUUUUGGAAACAGAGACAGAAAAUGAUAAAGAUGCCCAGGCUAUAUUUGAAAAGGCUCAAAAAAUAAACGAGGAACUCGAGGGAAAGGAAGACGAUAAGAUUUACAGAGGUUUAAAUAAUUAUGCUCAAUAUUAUAAGAAAAAGGACACAGCAGCUGGAAAUGCUUCCAGUGGAAUGGUACGUAAGGGACCGAUUCGGGCACCGGCUAAUCUAAGGGCAACUGUUAGAUGGGAUUACCAACCAGAUAUCUGCAAAGACUACAAAGAAACUGGUUUCUGUGGGUUUGGAGAUAGUUGUAAGUUUCUUCACGAUCGUUCGGACUACAAGUUGGGGUGGCAAUUAGAGAGGGAGGCAGCUACAGGAGAAUAUAACGAUAGUGGAGAUGAAGAUGAUAAAAAGUAUGAGAUUCAUAGCGACGACGAGAGUCUCCCAUUUAAAUGUUUUAUCUGUCGGAACAGCUUCACUGACCCUAUCAUUACAAAAUGUAAACAUUAUUUCUGCGAGAAAUGCGCGCUAGAACAUUACAAGAAAAGCACUAGGUGUUACAUAUGCAACGUGCAAACCAACGGUGUAUUUAAUCCAGCGAAGGAGUUAAUUUCACGGGCAAAAUUGGACGAAAGGGAGAGAGCGGAUGACGACGAUGACUCUGAUGAAUAAUAAAACAGAUAUUUCUUUUUUGGAGAAAAAA